CCUUCUUUCCUUGGGACGCCACCUCCCGGAAUCGCCUUUUUUGUUGUUGUUUUGAAGCUGGCUUCUCACUGGCGGCGCAGAGGGGCUGCGAACGCUGGAGAGGAAGGCGGGCUGGGGGCGCAGCCCGCCGCCCACCGGCGGGACCCCGCGGGGCAGAGCGGAGGACGGACAGUCGGCCGGGCCAUCUGCUCUCCAGAGCUCACUCUUCAAACUCCUGUUGAGUGUGUGCGUGCACGCGAAGGGUGGGGGUCCACGUCCCGCGUGCGGGGACCGGUUACCGCGGGGUUACCUUUGGCCGGAGGUCCUUGGACUCAGAUCUGGGUCAGCUUCAGGCUCAGAAACUGCUGAGAAAUUAGGCAAACAAAAGAGGCCACUCAGCUAGUGGCCAGAAGUCGCCCGAGCGCCUCGUCGCGUCCCCUCCUUUCCCCGGGGCGGGGGCCGGUCACUUGGGGGCGGGGAGAGGGCGCCCCAGCCGGCUGGGGGCUGGGGGCCGGGCCGGGCCGGGCCGCCGGGGUCGAAGCGUUGGCGGCCUGUUGUGUAAGCCUCAGUCCUUGUUUUCCCGGCCUGGCUCGUUGUGAAGCCGGACACAUCCACCCUUGGAUUCGAUUCAGGAGGCUGCUGCUUUUCUCCUUGCCCCUCUUGGAUUUUCUGGAUUUUUGAAAACCCAGUGGCCCAGGAAGAGGAGGAGGAAGGAGGAAGGAGCAGAUCUACAGAGGAAUGUGAGAGCCUCCCAAGGCCUGUGGAGCCAGAAGGAGCUGGGAGCCAGAGCUGCUGGGGUUUCUGGGACGGUGGUUUCUGAGUGAUUCUCUUCUAUUUUAGAACAUUGUUCCAGUGGAGAGUGUCAAAUUCUUGCCCUCUCAGAGCUGACUUCUCCGAGUCACUUGACUUUUCUUCUGGGAGUGGGAGGAAGAGAGACUCUCCCUUUUAGGGGCUGAGGAAGGAAGGGAGGAAGACCAUGGACAUGAGCUCUCCCUGCUCACAGGCAUGUGCAGGGAGACCUGUUUCUGGGCCGUGGACAUUGCUUUGAAGAGAGGGAGGCUGGACACCAUCUGUGGGUGCUGAGACCCCGCCGUAGGGGUUGAGAGACUGAGGGCUGUGGCGGACCUUGAGUUGCUAGUGCAUUCUUGGACACCCUAGCAAGUGUCCCCAGUUCUGGGCAGGACCCUGUCCUCAUCUUUCUCUACCACUGGCCCAGACAUGGCACUAAAAGGCCGAGCCCUCUAUGACUUCCGCAGCGAGAACAAGGAGGAAAUCAGCAUCCAGCAGGAUGAGGACCUGGUUGUUUUCAGCGAGACCUCGCUGGAUGGAUGGCUGCAGGGCCAGAACAGCCGCGGUGAGACAGGGCUCUUCCCUGCCUCUUACGUGGAGAUCAUCCGUUCUGGCACCAGCUCCAACCAUGCCAACUACUCCAGCAGUCCUGCAGGCUCUCUGGGCACUCAGGUGAGCUUAUACGACGGCUCCAGCGUGGCAGACCCUUCCUGGAGUGGGGGGGGCAGUGGCUUCCUCUCAAACCAGGGUAGUUUCGAGGAGGACGAUGAUGAUGACUGGGAUGACUGGGAUGAUGGAUGCACAGUGGUGGAGGAGCCACGGGCUGGUGGGCUGGGCACCAACGGGCACCCCCCACUCAACCUCUCCUACCCUGGUGCCUACCCCAGCCAACACACGGCCUUCCGGCCCAAGCCACCCCUGGAGCGGCAGGACAGCCUGGCAUCUGCCAAGCGAGGCAGCGUGGUGGGACGCAACCUCAACCGCUUCUCGUGCUUUGUGCGCUCUGGCGUGGAGGCCUUCAUCCUGGGUGACGUGCCCAUGAUGGCCAAGAUCGCUGAGACAUACUCCAUUGAAAUGGGCCCUCGCGGCCCCCAGUGGAAGGCCAACCCCCACCCAUUUGCCUGCUCCGUGGAGGACCCCACCAAACAGACCAAAUUCAAGGGCAUCAAAAGCUACAUCUCCUACAAGCUCACACCCACACACGCUGGCUCCCCUGUCUACAGGCGCUACAAACACUUCGACUGGCUCUACAACCGCCUGCUGCACAAGUUCACUGUCAUCUCGGUGCCCCACCUGCCAGAGAAGCAGGCCACAGGCCGCUUCGAGGAGGACUUCAUUGAGAAGCGGAAGCGGCGGCUCAUCCUCUGGAUGGACCACAUGACUAGCCACCCCGUGCUGUCCCAGUAUGAGGGCUUCCAACAUUUCCUUAGCUGCCUGGAUGCCAAGCAGUGGAAGAUGGGCAAACGCCGGGCCGAGAAGGACGAGAUGGUGGGCGCCAGCUUCCUGCUCACCUUCCAGAUCCCCACGGAGCACCAGGACCUGCAGGAUGUGGAGGACCGUGUGGACACCUUCAAAGCCUUCAGCAAGAAGAUGGACGACAGCGUCCUGCAGCUCAGCACCGUAGCAUCGGAGCUGGUGCGCAAGCAUGUGGGGGGCUUCCGCAAGGAAUUCCAGAAGCUGGGCAAUGCCUUCCAGGCCAUCAGUCAUGCCUUCCAGAUGGACCCCCCCUUCAGCUCCGAAGCCCUCAACAGCGCCAUUUCUCACACGGGCCGUACCUAUGAAGCCGUGGGUGAGAUGUUUGCCGAGCAGCCCAAGAACGACCUCUUCCAGAUGCUCGACACGCUGUCUCUCUACCAGGGCCUGCUCUCCAACUUCCCCGACAUCAUCCACCUGCAGAAAGGUGCCUUCGCCAAGGUGAAGGAGAGCCAGCGCAUGAGUGACGAGGGCCGCAUGGCACAGGACGAGGCAGAUGGCAUUCGCAGGCGCUGCCGCGUGGUGGGCUUCGCCCUGCAGGCUGAGAUGAACCACUUCCACCAGCGCCGCGAGCUCGACUUCAAGCACAUGAUGCAGAACUACCUGCGCCAGCAGAUCCUCUUCUACCAGCGGGUAGGCCAGCAGCUGGAGAAGACGCUGCACAUGUAUGACAGCCUCUGACCACGUGUCCCUGGUCCUCUCCCCGCCCCUGGGGCCUGGUGGCUGCAAUGCAUGCUGCCCUCCAGACCUUCCCACACCAGCAGUGCCUGGCUGGUCAGGGGUGGGCUUUGGAGGAGUCAUGGAUAUCCCUGGGGAAGUCCCCCACCCCUUAGAGAUAGGGGCACAGCAGGGGUGAGGAUGGGGCCAGAAGCCCUCCAGGCCAAGGCCUGGGCUGCUGGUCAGUCACUUGAGGUCAGGCCAGGGUCUUAGCCUCCCCUAGAGCCUAUAGCGCUCGCUCACCUGGCCACCAUCCCCUCGUUCAUUCAGCAGACGCGCAGGCCUGCUGCGGCCCCGGGUCAGACACUGGGCAUCCAGGGCUGCGACACGCCUGCUCUUGGGGAGUCCCCAGUUGAGGUGGGGGUCAGACCCAGAAACAGGCAGGGGCAGUACAGAAAGAUUGAUGGUAAAUAGCUCGCAGAAGGGACCACUCGUUCUGCCAGUUAGGGAUGACUCCAUGGCGUACUGUCUUGAAGAAUGACAAGGACCUGCUGGACAGUAAGUGGGGACAGUAGGUGGGGAGGGCAUUCAGAGGAGAAGAACAGCAUGGGCAAGGCUGUGGAGGCAUGGAAAGACCCCGUCUUCUCUCCUCUACUUUCCCAAGCAAGUUUUUUGUUUGUUUGUUUGUUUUUGCGGUACACGUGCCCCUCACUGCCGUGGCCUCUCCUGCCACGGAGCACAGGCCCCGGACGCGCAGGCCCAGCGGCCACGGCUCACGGGCCUAGCCACUCCGCGGCACACGGGAUCCUCCCGGACAGGGGCACGAACCCGCGCCCCCCGCAUCGGCAGGCGGACUCCCAACCACUGCGCCACCAGGGAAGCCCCUCCCAAGCAAGUCUGGUGCACCCCUCAGUGGUGUCCCCUUGUGUGACAGAGGGGAAGGAUCUGCCUUGCUCCCAUGCCCCUGUCCCCACCCCACCUCCACCACCACCCCCGCCCACAGGAGGGGCUGCAGGCCAACUCCCUCCUGACUCCCCUUCACCAGCUGAGCCCCCUCACCCCUUGGUUAGGGGACCAUGCAGCAUCUUUGCCCUGGGCUCAAGGUGCUAAGACAAGCCUCGCAUCCCAGGACCCUGGUGGCACCUUUCUGGAGGGGACACCCAGAAGUUACCGGGUAUUUGAGUUCACCAGCAAUAGCUCCCACACUCCAAGCAGGCUUGGGCCUCAGGCUCCCAGGGGCCAGCUUACCCACCACCCCAGGGAUCCUCGGCCCACCUGCCCACAGCCAGCCUCACUGUGAUGCCGGUUCAGGUCCUGGUGGGAUUGUGCUGUCUCCCACCCAUGUUUACACCCUCGAGGGGGCUCCCCCACACCCCCAGGCCAGCGCGUGGUCCAGCAGUGGGUUGGGGGAACUGACAGGUGCCACUGCUGGCCCCCCCCAGGAGGUCAUGGCUGUUCCUGGCUGCUGCUGCUUCAAUCUUCUUUCUUUCUUGUUUUCUUGAUAAACCUUUUACAGUUAAGAUAACAAAAAUAUGACUCCUUAUUUGGAUCCCAGCGGGGGAUGAGGGGGUGGGGAAGGAUACAGCCCUAAUUGUCCCUGGGAGCGAUUGGACCAGAUUCUGAGGUCGUGAUGGGCACAACAUUUACCCCAGAACCUCAGAAGCUGGGGGGAGGACGGUGCUGGAGGCAGGAGCUAGCUGGGGACCUCUGGGUGGCCCUGGACCCCAGCUGGAUGCAUACCCUUCCCAGACCUCACUGUCCUCAUCUCUCAAAUGGGUGGAGUCUUGCCAGGGGUUUGGCUCUGCUGCUCUGUGAUCUAGGACUGAAGGUCACGUGAGGAAGGGACAGUCUAAUCGAUAGGGGGUUCCUCUCCCCGGGAGGGCAUGUCCCAGCCUUGCCCCCAGGAAAGCCCCAGUCCAGGGGAGGGGGUGGGUCUCAGAACCUGUGUCCUUCCCCAAGCCGUCCAGUCCAGGCUGCCCAGGCCUGCUGUGGCUGCCCAGUUGGAAACUGAGGUGGACCCCCCAGCUGUGCCCUUGGGGGUGUCCCAGGCAGGAUGAACAGGAAUCUGUUUGCACACGGGAAAGAGGAGGGCUGGGGGGCCGCGGUUCUCUUGGGGCAAUGGGGACUUGGUGGAGGGAGGGCUGCUGGGGUCUGGACAUCAGGGGAGGCUUUGGCCGGGCUGGGGGCAGGGGAGCUCAUGGCAGUGAGGUAGAGUAAGGGGUGGCAGGUGCAGUGGGGAAGGGGCAGCAGAGGCUCCCUGUUCAGGGCAGAGAGUCCUCAGAGGAACUUCUGGAAUGGGCCCCUGGCCCUGGGUCAAAAUUAGGUCAGAUUUGGGACUUUCUGUGGAAUUUUCCUUUCUCUCCUCCCUGCCCUCCUUCGUUCAUUUUCCAACACAUCCGAGGACCUUCCCACCCUUAACCUCUUCCCCGCUCCAACCUCACUGCGGCCUUCUGCAGUGAGCGCUCUGACCAUGGGCAGAGCGGUGGGGGUCUCCUUCCCAGGCCCAGUCAGCGCUGGGGCGGUGGGAAUGCUCUUCUCAACACACAGUGCCUGGAAAGUCCCCUGUUCACUCUUCUUGCCCUGGGAAUAGUAUUGCCCUCUUGUGUCUCUUUCUUGAGCGGGGGGCCACCUCCCAUGCCUUCCAUCCUCCGGGUGAGAGGUUGGUCUGACGCUUUUCUCAGGAGGGGCUUGUGCCUAGGAAAAGCAUCAGAACGUGAAGUCUGGGGAUGGGCCAGUCCUCCUCCAGGCAUCCUGAGGGCUCUAGGCAGGGACAGACAUACAUGUGAUGGGAAGUGAGGACGUCACAGCCCUUCUCUCUGGUUUCUUUCUAUCUCUGUGUGGGUUUGAGUGUUGGGGGAAUUUGAGAUUUGUCUGGGCUGGCCGGAGCCUCUUUCGGCAGGGGACUGGGGACCAGUGUGUGUGUGGGGGUAUCCUGGUGGUGGCUGGGCCUGCGGGCUGGCCUCAGUCUCAUGCCAGGCAGAUGUUCCAGACUGAGCUGAGCCCAGCUGCCUCCAGUUUCCUCCCUGAGGCGGGUGGAAAACAAGGCUUCUCUUUCUGCGCUGGGCAACUACCAGGACCUGGAGCUGGGGGGUGGGGGACCUCUGAUCCCCAGUCUUGGCCCAGCCCAGGAAAGGAGUCUGCUUUGUGGCCACAUAUGGGGGUUGGGGAUGGAGGCAGCCCUCAGAUUCUGCAUCCUAUUGCUUCCUGGACACAGGAGUGCCAUGAACCACCAUGCCACAGCUGUGCCACGGCUGUAGCAGAGCCAGGCCUGGUCACAGACGCAGUUGCCCAACCCAAAGCAGACAGAGCCAUACAACCUGCGUGCGGCACACAGGUCACACCAGGCUCCACACUCACACACAUAUGCACGGUCAUGUGCUUGCACAACUGCACUCCCAGCCACAGUGCCACAGACUGCCACACAUUCACAGCCACGUCCACACUCGUCCACGCCCACAUACAUGUCGUCAGUCUCAGCCACGUCGUCACUCACAGCCAUACCAUAGUACUGUGCACGGUCAUACACUCACAUAGCGACACACACACUCAGACACACGCGGCCAUGAAGUCACACAUGCACAUGGCCAAUGUGUCACAGAUGUAGAUGCUCUUGGACUCCACCUGCACCGCCUCCUGGGGGAGCCAGCCGCGAUCAUCCCUCAUCUGACACCACCAAGUUCAGUUCCUCGUUGCAGAGACGGGAAACUUGAGGUUUAGUGAGCGGUGGCGUUUGGCUGCAUCACCCAGUGGGGCGGGGGUCUGCUCUAGGGUCAGAGCCCAAUUCCCAUCAGGCUCUGGCCUGGCCUUGCCCACCCCUGGGUCAGUCCCGAGGGCCAGACUGCCUCUGAAGGCCCCUGGCUGAACCUACUCAACAAAGCUCCAAGCAUCUCCCAUCUUCGGAGCCAGAGCUGAGGCUGCAGCAUCAGAGAGCAGGAGCCAGAAUGUGGUGGGCAGGGCCCAGGCCUGGGCGGGAGGAACAUUCCUGCACCAUCUCCUCCCCAAGCCUUCGAGGACUGGGCCCGCCCUGCCUGCCUGCCCGCUGACUCAGUCCUCCAGGAGCCAAGCCAGCUUGGCUCCCUCACCCACCCCCAGCCCACCCCAAUCUGCUUCCCCACCACUGCGGCUCUGGUACCUCCUUACGCUGUUUGGGGCAAGAGGAGAUGAUGAACCCUGGCAAAAAGACCAUGAGGAAACAUAAAAAUUCACCUCCCCAGACAUAGCUCAGAAGGGUCGAUUGUGAAACCCCACUCCCGGGUUCAACAAAGCUUUUUUCCUUUGGUUUGGUUUUGUUAGUCAAAUCCCGAUGCAGUCCAGUCUGUUUCACAGCUGUGGCCUCCUUGGUCCGCAUGGCAGCCCUGGUAGGCAUUAUUAUUCCAUUUCACAGACAGAGAGACUGAGGCUUGGCCACAGGGAGGAUGGGAACUGCUUAGGAUCACACAGUGGGGCCGAGGUGGGGCUGGGCUUGAGCCCAGCGCUCUGGCUUCAUUCCCUAAAGUCACCUUGAUUAACUCACGUAGGUCUGGAGGAAGAAGGGGUAGCAGAUCUUCGCUCCAGAGUUGUGAAAGAAUGGGAGGCUGGCAAACCAACUGCUGAAAUGUGCAGGGGCUUUGAGGGUCCGGUGAGUCCCGCCAGCCCCCCAGGGAUGAAGAGGCUGAGGGCAGCAUUGCACAGUGACGUCUGCAGUGACUCAGGGUCUCCGAUUACAAAUGAACGUGUGCGAGGAACAUCACUUCACUUUCCUGUAACUGACCUGACUUUCUCUUUUGCUUUCUCAUUAACCCACCUGACAGAAAAGUAAUCUGACGUCAAUUUGGGGACCCCUCCCUUUCCCAGGGAGGCAUGUAAGUUUUGGGGAUGGUACAUUUGAAGACCUUACGCAGGCCCCUGGCACUUUGAAUUUUAGAAGCUGAAUUCCCUCAUCCUAUCACUCAUGAAAAUUUGCCGGCAUUCCACAUUAAAGGUCGUUCACAUAUACCUACUUGA